CUUUCAACUUUGGUGAGUCAGCGUCAUCUUCUAUGAUGUGGUUAAGGACGUGUGCUGUGUGCCAUGUUCUGCCAUUAUAUAUAGUAUAGGUUCCUCAUAUACCAUCAACCGCUCAUUCAUCUAUUUUGUCUACCUUUGAGACACAGUGUGAGAGAGCAAGAAAAAAAAAUCAAAACAAAGAGGGAGAUGGAGAGAGAACUAGAGAUGAAGUUAUCCAAGUUCAAGAGGAUUUGUGUGUUCUGUGGCAGUAGUCCAGGGAACAAAACUAGCUACAAGGAUGCUGCUAUUGAGCUUGGAAAGGAAUUGGUAUCAAGAAAUAUUGAUCUAGUUUAUGGAGGAGGCAGCAUUGGUUUGAUGGGGUUGAUUUCUCAGGCUGUUUACAAUGGUGGUCGCCAUGUAAUUGGAGUUAUUCCCAAAACACUUAUGCCAAGAGAGCUUACUGGAGAAACAGUGGGGGAAGUAAAGGCAGUAGCAGACAUGCAUCAAAGGAAAGCAGAGAUGGCUAAGCAUUCUGAUGCCUUUAUUGCCUUACCUGGUGGCUAUGGGACACUUGAGGAGCUCCUUGAAGUGAUAACAUGGGCUCAACUUGGAAUUCAUGAUAAACCGGUGGGAUUGCUGAAUGUAGAUGGAUACUACAAUUCCCUUUUGUCUUUCAUUGACAAAGCUGUGGAGGAAGGCUUCAUCAGUCCCACUGCUCGCCACAUAAUUGUGUCUGCCCCAACACCAAAAGAGCUUGUAAAAAAGAUGGAGGAAUAUUUCCCAGUACAUGAAAGAGUUGCCUCCAAGCUAAGUUGGGAAAAUGGGCAUCAAGAUUAGCCCUAAAUUUGUGAAAUCUGAAGAUGAUUAGAAGAUGAAGAAAAAUUGAUGUAGAGGACAGUAGUUUGUCAGAAUUUCAGACAGAUAAGUAAGAAGUCUAUUACCGUAGAAGGACACAAUUUCCUGGAGCCGCAUUCUUUGUGCUCUUGUAUUUCCUUGUUAGUGUAAACUAUUAGAUAUGUUAAAAUCUAGCUAGGAAGUCUAACUACCCUGUUCAAUGUGGAUUAUGGUUUUUUUUCUACAAGACUCAUUCCAUUGAUCAAAAGGAGAUUUCGGGUAGAACUUUGAUAAUUUUUGUAAGAUGAUUGAUCUUAACUUUAUCUUCUUUUUUUCCUGCA